UUUCUCGUGACGUAGUAGGCGUGGCUUCAAGGCUUGCACCUGUCAAUCAAAUCUUGCAGGGUGAAGUUCAAGGGGGAGGUCACAAAAUGCAGAAUAACUGGGCAGACACAAAUCUAGAUGAAAAACUGAGUUUUCUUCACCAGAAAGUUGAAGUAAAGCUUUUAAAUGGAAAAACUGAGAUAGGAUGGGUGUAUACAGUGGAUCCUAUAGGCCACAGUAUUGUUAUUCUUAAAGAACAAAAACUUACAACUAUUUUUGGCCAUUCUGUUAAGAGUGUAACAAUUAUUGAAACACCUACGAAAGAAAUAAAAGAAAAAUUAGAAAAUUUAUUGGAAUUUGACCAAAAAACUUACAAACCAGAAUUUCUACAACAACGCAGACUUGAUGUCCAUACCUGGUUCACUAAAAACCGAAUUCCUGUCGAAAUUAUCGGCGAAAAGUUACGAGUCGCUAAUGUUGUUGAUGUAGGGCCCCCGUAUAACGCUGAGUCAUGUUCUGCCCCGAAUGAAAUUAUUUUAACGAGGAUUCAGAAAUUAAUUGGAGCCAUGCCACAAUCCUGAACAUUAAUGCAACUUAAUUUUUACAUUAUUAUCUGCAAACCAAUUUUCACCUUCAUACUAAUACCUUUAAAUACUUUGCAAUAUACAUUGGCUCUGUUUGUUUAUAUAGACACCUAACAGCAGAAAUUUAAAGUUUACUACAAUAUAUCAUGUAACCACUGUUUAAAACAUAGGGGUAAUAAUACGACACCCCAAGCUUCUCCAAAACUCUGGCUAUCUCUUUUUUUUAUUUUUCCAUUCAUCUUCCA